AUGGCAGCUAUGGUUUGCAGUGUUCUAGGGAGGAAAAAGGUGAUAAGCUUGGUAAUGGCUUCUGUCUGUUUCACACAUCCUGGCCCUCACUCAGUGCUGUGGAGCAGAGGUUGUUCACAGUAUAAACAGGUACCCAGCAAUGAGGACAUGCCUGUUGCGAUGGAAAAUCCUUAUAAGGAGCCUCUUAGGAAAUGUAUCUUGUGUGGAAAAAGUAUAGAUUAUGAGAAUGUACAGCUUUUGUCCCAGUUUAUUUCUCCACUUGCUGGAUGCACUUAUGGAAGACACAUAACAGGUCUUUGGGGGAAGAAACAGAAAGAAAUCACAAAAGCGAUUAAAAGAGCUCAAAUAAUGGGGUUUAUGCCAGUUACAUAUAAGGAUCCUGUGUAUCUCAAAGACCCUGAAGUUUGCAACAUCAAGUAUUGGGAAUAA